AUGAAGUCCUUGCUCCGUACCAUCGACCUCAACCCGUACGUCUCGGCGUUGCUUCGAUUGGCCACCGUCGUUUCCUGCGUUUUCCGCUUCGUUUGUUUUUCGUUUCACUAUCUCAUCAUUUUUUCUAGUCAAUAUAUGAGUAUCUGACAGAAUGAAACCCAGAAAAAUCAGUUACGGAAGUAUGUAUAACUACCGCGGGUAAAAAAAAGCCGGCGACAAAAUAGCUCAGAAAAACGGCCGUGAAGAAAUGGCGCCGGAGUAAAUACGAUCUAUGGAAAAGCCGAAAGUGAAAUUGGAGUUUUUUAUUUUAUUUUUUUUCAUCGAAAAUUUUACAAUUUCUGUUUGGGAAUACCUAGCUUUGGCGAAGCCGUUAACAGGGCAAAAAAUUAAACGGAACAGUUUGAACUGUAGAAAAAAAAAUAACAAUUUAAACGUCCUAGUUUUGCGGUAACAAAGAAAACAUUCUAGGUUCAUUCAAUCAUCCAAUCUUCUGACUUAAUCUUCAAGACUAAGCGAAAGUCGACCUUCAAAAGCAUUGCUUGUUGGGUCAAUCCGACCCUGAUCGUGUUGGAAUCGGUGUCCGCGUUUUUAAUUGUUGGGCUCCACACUGAGUACGACAAAAGACGUGAGAACAUUCUACAAUAA